UAACUUCCUAUUUUUAACUCCUGAUGAUUCAUUGACCAUUGGUUUCUCUGUUUACUAUCUAACUAGCAAUACCUCUGUACAUUCGUGUAGAUUUGUGUCAUUUGUUGAUUGAUCUGCAAAGUAUUCUGCCUAGGAUUGGUAAAGAUUUCAGGGGAAAAUGCCGAAAAUAGAAGACACAUUGUUUCAACUCAAGUUUGCUACAAAGCAACUCGAGCGAUCAGCCAAAAAGUGUGAAAAAGACCAAAAAGUCCAACAGGCCAAAGUAAAAAAGGCGAUCGAACAGAAGAACGUUGAAGGAGCGAGAAUAUAUGCUGAGAAUGCUAUUAGGAAGAAGAAUGAGGGCCUAAACUUCUUGAGAAUGGCGUCAAGGGUAGACGCAGUAUCAUCAAGGGUACAGUCAGCACUCAUGAUGAAAGAUCUGACAAAGUCAAUGGGUCAAGUCGUGAAGGGAAUGGAUUCAGCUAUGAAGUCGAUGGAUCUUCAAAAGAUUGCUGGCGUCAUGGAGAAGUUUGAGAAACAGUUUGAGGACCUUGACGUUCACACACAGGUGAUGGAAGGUUCUAUGGGUCAAGCUACUACACUCACCACACCUCAAGACCAGGUGGAUAAACUCAUCCAAGAAGUAGCGGAAGAGAACGGCUUAGAGAUGAUCUCCGAGCUGAAUGCCGCCCCGAUUGCGUCAGGGUCUCUCUCUGUCGCUUCAUCAUCAUCAAGGUCGGUUAGAGAUGAGGAUCGUCUUGACCAGAGGUUAAGAGCUCUUAGGGAAUAGACUUAUGUUGUGGGAAUGGGGGUUUAUUAGGUUUGGGGAUGAGGUUGAAUCAUGGAAGUGUUUUAAGGGAAGGUAUACAUUUUUUCCAUCCAUUACAAUACACACAAAAACGGAGCUGUAUCAAAGUGCAUAACAAGCAGGUACCAAAAUAGCAAAAAUAAAGGACAUCCAAAUUAAUUAUGAGUCAAAUAAAAUAGACUUAAGAACUUUCCUAAAGUUCAGCAGUGAUUGAGCAUGGGCAAUGUUAUGAGUUAACUUAAUCUCCUUGGUUGGUCUGAGCAUAGAGCCCAUGUAAUCCGUGGUAAUAAAAUAAAUGGCAAUAAACCCAACUUGGCUAAAGGUACAGCAGGUUUUGAUAGUAUAAAGCAUUUUGAGAAUAAUUUCACUUUGAAGUAUGGUGGUUAUGAUAAAAUAUGUCAAUUUUUAUCAUAAACAAAUUGAAUCUGGGAAGUAUUACUGACAGAUAUGUUUCUCAGAUUGUGUAUUUCAAUUACGUUUUGUUCUUCCUGCUUAAAUAUAUAAUCGUUGUGGAUUUAGCCAUAUCUGAAAAAAACAACCACCUUUUGAAUUGAAGUUUACACAGGUUAAUUUAACUGCGUACAUCUAUAUUCAUAUGUACAUAGGAUUAAAACAAUCAAUGGUCCCUAACUAAAACCAAAGGUAUACUUUCCCUUUAAGAGAAGGUUCUUGAUUGGCUGUGAUGUUUUACUACAUUCAGGGUCAAGUGGGCAAAGUGUUUGAAUAGUGUCCAAUUGAAAGAGCUGAUGGGUGUAGGUUUCAGAUGGUGGGCAUGGGGCUAGGGUGGCAAAAGAUGGCCAUUGGGAAUAAGGAUGAUUUGGUAAGAAGAUGAGGUUUGAGAGAUUUUAGGUUCUUUGAGUUGAAUGGAAGAAUGGUGAAGAGGAGAUCGAUCACUAAAAGGGAUAACCAUGCAAAGUAAGGCAAACCUAUGCAUGGGAAAUCAAUUUGCUAAUUAAAAUAGUAGUUGGUAGUAAGUAAUAAUGUCAUGCAAAGUUUGGGUCUUUUUGUCGUUCAAAUACCGGGAGGAAAGUGUAAAAAUAUACUAAAAUUUAUGUGCCCAAGAUUUGUAUUUUUAAUUGUGGUUGCAAAACACAACUGUUUUAAAAAUACAAGAAAAACCUCUUGGUUAAAAUGAUCUUCUUGUUGAAACUACACAAAGAGCAGGAACCAAUGUUAUGGUUCUGCUCAUGAUUGAAUGUUGUGCUUAUGGGGCCCUGUAUAACAAAGAUUUCUAUGGGACAUAAGAGCAUAAUUCUGUGGUAAGUAGAGCCAUAAAAUUGAGCCCUUGUGAAAUUGAGUAAUUUUAGUAGAUGUCAUCAUGUGUUGGUUGGAUAAACAAAAGUGUAGCUUUGUAGUUUCUGGAUAUAAUUCGUCCAGAAACAAGAUGUAAAUGUUGGUAGAAAAAAAACAUAUUAAUUUACCACAAGGGAAAUUGACCGGUUUAAUGUUUGAAUUAUUUUCAUUUGAACAAAGAAAAAACUUUGAAUCUGUGCCCUUAAUGUGACGACAGUGAUGUUACUUUAGCUAUCUAGCGCUAAUAAUGACUACUCUCACUAUUCUGUCAAUAUCUUGGUGCCAGUCAGAAGCAUAAACACUCAAUUGAUUACCAAGUUAUGAAUAAUAUAUUUGGUCUUUUUUUCUCAACCCACUUUGUUAAAACAUUUUGAGGUUGGUAAAUUAGAUUGCAGAAAGGAAACAUCAUUUUUAUUUCCGACUGAUGGUUUGGUGAUGACUGGGUCAAGGAUGGCAGUUGCUUGUGAUUUAAAUCAAGUUAAUGACAGCGUCAGGAAAGCAUAUAUGUGUCAA